GAAAGGUGACAUGUUAGACGCAAAAUUAAAGGUUACAUUAAAGCUUUAAUCAUUCAAAGAUUAUUUCAUCAAACACGUUUCAGCUCUUUUGUUUGAUAUAUUCCAGCAUUUCAUCAUUAUUUUACAAAGACUAUUCACUGUUUUUCUGAUACAGUCCACUUUUUGUAAAGUUAUAUUUUGAUACUUUCUUUAUGUUGAGAAGAUGUUGAAGAACUUUGUUCUGUUUAUGUUCUGAGAUACUUUUCUAGCCUGACUACCUUUGAUACUGAAUAUUUAUCUCUUCUGUUUGAAGCAUUUGAAGCAUUAACUCUGUUCAAAGAGAUUAAAUUAGUCAUAACUCUCAUAGGAUCUGCAAGUUCCCCCAUAAAAGCUCCUCUUCUUCUACAACUUCUCAGAGACAUGGUUGAACGAAGCCACAGCUUUAAACUACCAGGAGCUGAGAUAACUGAUCUAAGAAUGGCUCUUUAUGAGCGCAAAGAAGUAGUUGAGAGGCUCCAAGAUGAGUUAGACGCAGAGAGAGAAGCAUCUGCCACGUCAGCUAGCGAGGCUAUGUCAAUGAUUCUUAGGCUGCAAGGAGAGAAAGCUGAGCUAGCCAUGGAGGCUGGACAGUACAAGAGAAUAGUGGAAGAGGAAAUGUCUCACGCUGAGAUGUCCUUUGCUCUCUUAGAGGAUUUUAUUUACCAGAAGGAGGUUGAAAUCACUGCGCUUGAGUAUCAAGUUGAAGCUUAUAGAAGCCAGCUUAUGAGCUUGGGGUAUAGUGACUUGAAUAGCUUAGAUGUUAAGCUUCAAGAGGAUGAGAAUAUGCUGAAGAUGUCACUGGGUGAUAGGUCUCAAACACCCUCUCCAGAACCUGUGGAGAAGGAAGUUAUUGAGCAGAGUUUGGAUUCACAGAAGAGUUCUUUAGAUGUGUAUUGGGAACAGAUCAAGAAGCUGGAUGAGCAAGUGAAAGAGCUUACACAGUUUAGAGACUCCAUGCAAUACAAGAGUUCAUUGUCUGAAUCUAGAAGAGACAAGGGAGAAGAAGAUGUUGCAAGCUCAUCAAACUUUCAAGAAGCAAAGGGUGUGUGUGAGACUGAUGAAACUCUGGUGAUAAAAGUUGCAAAGCAGACAAAGAUGGAAAAGAAAUCACCUAGACAGACAAGAGAAAGAAGCGGUAAGAGAAACCGUGGAGAGUAUCAAGCUGAACUGCAGAGGUUGAGAGAGAGAGUAGAGAGGCUUGAGAAGGAAAGAACUAAGACAGAACCUGAAACUAGUGGAGUGGUUAAGGAAGAAGAGAUUAGUCUAGUGAGGGAAACCAGGGAGGAGGUAAGUUCUGUGCAGUCAUAUGAAGUUAAGAGGUCAGAUACAAUGGAGAACCUACAACCUUGGAUUGAUCCAGCCAUUGUUUCUGUUCAAGAGGCAAUGCUUUACUUCUGGCUAUGAGAGAAAGAAAAGAAAGUGAAAAGAAGAUUUUUUGUGUUUGUCAUUGUGUUCUAUUUUUUGUUUGCUUCAAGCUGAAAGUUGUAUGUAACUUUUGUCUGUAGAUUGUCUUUGUAUAACACAUACCAAAAAAACAUCAUCUUGUAUAUUUGUGUGUCUGUAAAUAUAUCAUUAAAGAUAAAACUAAAAAAAAACUAU